AUGAAGAACUUCCUUCAAUCGCAGCUCGCCGCCGACAAGACCAAAGAGGAAGGCAAGCCCAAGGACGAAAGCGACGCAAAGUCGCUUGGCAAGAUCUCCACCGAUUCGAUUGUAACGGUUGGAUAUGCCGAUUUGGAUCACGAGUACUCGAUGGUCACGGAAGAUCUGAUGCCCAGGUCCAAGCGGGAAACAACCCAGUACGCAACGCCUCUUCCCCUCACGACUCGCGCUGCCUCGCCGCCGCCCGCUGCCGCCAACAGCACUCCGGCAUCUCGAACUCCACCCUCCGUACCGGAACCCGUGGCAUCGGCACCAGUCGCGAAGACUAGCCAGUCCGACUUGCCCGACUCUGUUCGGCAGCAGCUUGAAAACACCAAGCGCACGCAAAAGCCCAAUCUGGCUGGAAUCAACACGGCCGCUGCCGCCGUAGCUGCGGCGCCGCCAGCUCAACCGGCAGAGGUGACGUACCAAGCUCGCAUGUUGUUCACGUACAUUGCCAAGAACCCGGACGAAUUGACGCUUCGACGAGGAGAAGUGGUUGAAAUUCUCGAAGAGCUCCCCGAUGGCUGGAACAAGGGUCGUGCCAACGACAGGGUUGGUUUCUUCCCCGCCAACUAUGCAUCCAAGCUGCAAUGA